AUGAUAGAUGAUCUGUUUGACCAGCUGCGAGGAGCUACAGUUUUAUCCAAGAUAGAUCUUCGGUAUGGGUAUCAUCAGCUGAAGGUUAAGGAGGCUGAUGUGUAUAAGACUGCGUUUAGAACUCGCUAUGGUCAUUACGAGUUUCUACCAGAGUCUGGGAAGGAAUUUAUUGUCUACAAUGAUGCGUCACACAUUGGAUUGGGUUGUAUGUUGAAGAAAGAGGGUAAAGUGGUUGCUUACGCGUCUCAUCAGCUUAAGCCUCAUGAGGCAAAUUACCCCAGAUUUAGAAAAGAGCUGAAUCUUAGGCAACGGAGGUGGAUAGAGUUACUUAAGGAUCAUGAUUGUUCAAUUGAGUACCACCUUGGUAAAGCUAAUGUGGUAGCUGACGCACUGAGCCUUAGGGUUGUAUCUGAUUUGAGAGCAAUGUUUGCUCGUCUCAGUCUAUUCGAUAAUGGUAGCUUGUUAGCUGAACUGCAAAAGUUGGCCAAGUUGAAUGUGUUCGAGAUUGUGAGAGUGCAUGGUGUACCAGUUUCUAUCAUAUCUGACAAAGAUCCUAGAUUCACAUCUCAGUUCUGGAAGAAGUUACAUGAGGCUUUAGGUACAAGAUUGGAUUUCAGCACUGCGUUCCACCCUCAAACAGAUGGGCAGUCAGAGAGGGUGAUUCAGAUACUGGAAGAAGACAAGGUAAAGUUGAUUCGAGAUCGAUUAAAGGAAGCAUCUGAUAGGCAGAAGUCUUAUGCAGACCUAAAGCAUAAAGAGAUCGAGUACUUGGUGGGGGAUUAUUUCUUUCUUAAAGUCUCACCAUGGAAGAAAAUUUUGAGGCGGUACCUUUUUGAUCCCUCGCACAUCGUGUCAGUUGAGGAAAUUAAGGUUAGGCUUGAUUUAACUAUCGAGGAAGAACCGUUGCAGAUAUUGGAUUAUUUUGUUAAAGUAUUGAGGAAGAAAUCUGUUCCACUAGUCAAGGUGCUUUGGCGUAACCACGGUUCAGAAGAGGCCACGUAG